GCGGUGCGGAAUCGAGUCUAGAUUCCGAUUGGCUCAGUCGCCUGUCAGUCACUUCCAGCUGUCAGCUUCAGAAGCCGUGCUGCCCUGCUCAACCUGGAGACAACCAACCUUGAGACCUUUCCUGACCAAAAUGAUAAUUUAAGUAAAAAAGUGUGCUGAUAUCCCCUCCACCCCCCCAAACCAGCCAUCACCUGGCCCAUCCCAUCCAUCACCAUGGAGACUGCUGCCAGUUAUGUGCUCAUCCAUGGCAAGAACAUCUCCCACAGCACCUUGGCGAGCUCUGCUGCUGCUGCUGCUGGUCCCCACAUGUCCAUUGACAAGCUCUUUCCUGCCUUGCUGGAGUGCUUUGGCAUCAUCCUGUGUGGAUACAUAGCUGGCAGGGCUGACAUCAUCACUGAGAGCCAGGCGAAGGGUCUGGGCAACUUUGUGUCCAAAUUCGCCCUCCCAGCUCUGCUUUUCAAAAACAUGGUGCUGCUGGAUUUUGGAGGCGUCAUUUGGUCGUUUCUGUGGAGUGCCCUGGUCGCCAAGGUGUCUGUGUUCGCACUAGUGUGUGUUCUCACACUGAUGGUGGCAAGUCCUGAAAACAGAUAUGGUAAAGCUGGGCUGUACGCCAUCUUUGCUACACAAAGCAACGACUUUGCACUGGGGUAUCCCAUUGUUGAUGCUUUGUAUCGGAGCACUUACCCAGAGUACCUCCAGUACAUCUAUUUAGUUGCUCCCGUGUCCCUCAUGCUGCUCAAUCCCAUUGGAUUUGCUCUCUGUGAGGUGCAGAAGUGGAGGCAGGCCGGCAACACGCAGCGAAGCACUGCAGGAGUGCUGGCAGUUGUUGUCCUACAGGUGUUGAAAAAUCCAAUAGUAUUCAUGGUGGUCAUAGGGAUCGCCUCCCACUUUGCUCUGGGCCAGAGAAUCCCUGCUGUGCUGUCCGACUUCAUUGAUGGCCUGGCCAACUCUUUUGGAGGGGCGGCCUUGUUCUACCUGGGCCUCACCAUGGUGGGUCAGUUGAGGAAGCUGACACGAGAUGCUGGAGUCGCUUUGAUUCUCCUCAUCACUGCCAAACUUCUAGUGAUGCCGCUUGUCUGCAAGGACAUGAUGGAUAUUCUGGACGUGGGUGUCAACAGCACCAGUGCCAACCACACCAGUUUGUCCAACUUUGCUUUCCUGUACGGUGUCUUCCCCACCGCACCCAGCGUGGCCAUCUACGCCGGACACUACAGCUUAGAGCUGGAAGUGGUGACUUCAGGCAUGGUCAUCAGUACGUUCCUCUCAGCCCCCAUCAUCUACGUCUCCGCUUGGCUUUUGACAAUCCCCCUCAUGGACCCCGCUCCCCUGGUAGCAGAACUCCAAAACGUCAGCUUCAAUAUCAGCAUCGUCUGCCUGGUCGCGCUGGUUUGGACCAUUGCGGUGAUGCUCCUCAGCAGAAAAUUCAACCGUCUUCCUCACCUCUUUGCCUUAAAUCUCUUCUUGGCUCAGUUUCUGGUAUGUGUCGGCAUGAUCCUGUGGAACUUCCUGGCCAGACAAGAAGAUAAUCUCAUCGGCAAAAUUCUGGCCUUUUCGCUGCUCUACAGCUCUCUGUACAGCACGUACAUUUGGACAGGUCUAAUCCCACUCUGCUUGGCUCUGACCAGCAGAGAUGAUCUGCUGAGGCUGCGACCGGCAGUUUUCAUGGUUUUGGGUUGGGGGGUUCCCGUGGUCAUGGUAGGAGGUCUUUUGUUGUCAGGCCACAGGACCGACACCAUUGAUUCCGCCUUCUUCUAUGGCAAAGCUCAGAUCAUCAGCACAGCCGUGGUGCUUGCAGUCAGCCUGGGGCUGGGUGCGAUCUCUCUGAUGGGCCUCAGCCAGGGAGACAGGGAGCAGAGAGGAUACCACGUCCUCAAUAGAACUGCUGUUCCUGCUGCUAAUAAUGAGGAUCUGAGGACCUCUGGUGGUGGGGAAGAUACACAACAACAGCAGCAGCAUUUAGCAGAAACUUCACCUGCCUACAGCAUUAACUCAGACACACACACUCCUCCUUUCCAGACGGUACCUGAUAUGAUUGCCAGCACACAGUGGAACCAUGGCAACAACACCUGCCACACAGGGGCGCUGUGCGAAGGGCAGCAGCAGAGUUCAUCGUCUUCAGAGCAUCUUCUAAACCUGGCUGGACCAGAGCGUCAACACACUACUGAUGAUAAGCAAACAGUCAGACACGUCUUGCUCUGUCUCCUCCUUAUUGUCAGCUUGCUAGCAAACCUCUCCAGCUGCCUGUGGUGGUUGUUCAACAAGGAUCCAGGGCGGCUCUACUUGGAAUUGCAGUUCUUUUGUGCUGUGGCAAACUAUGGACAGGGAUUCCUGUCCUUUGGGAUCUUCGGUCUGGACCGUCACCUCAUCAUCCUACCCUUCAAGAAGAGGUUGCAGGGGUUGUGGCGAGGUCGCGGCACAGAGGAACAGAGUCCUUCAGGCAGUGCUGAGGAGGUCAGACUCACCUGCACGCAGUUUGUCCGCUACCACAAGGAGCAGUGUGUGCAAGAUAUAGUUCACACGCGCAGGUUCUGGAGAGACCUCCCGCGGCAGCAGCCGGACCCUCAAGUUGACCAACACCAGCAUGAACCCGACCUAGACCCAACUAACCAGCACCCCCACAUCCAAAGCACGUUCCGGGGCUGCGACCUGGUCGACUGGCUGCUCGGUCGCGGCCUGUGUGCCGGGCGAGCCCAGGCUCGGCGUUACGCGGCAUGUCUCCAGCAGGGGGGCGUGUUGUGUGUUGCAACGGGUCAGCACAGCUUCAGGGACGAGUGCACGAUGCUCUACCACUUUAUACAGGAGGAAGAGACCAGCUAAUAGGUGAGGAGGAAACCAACCACCAGGCCACAACACAGUGCCUUAUGGUGCAGUUCUUCCAUCCGCCACUAGAGGAGUUCUUGUUCUUCAAAGUGCAGGCAAGUUCCAGUUAAGAAAAGUUUGUUUAUGCAGAUCAAAUGAAGGUUGAGUCGCUUUCCACGUUGGUUGCUGCUUUUGAUUCUACUCUUCUCUCUUAACUACUGACUUGGUUUGUUUUUAUUUCCUUUCAUUUAAAUGCACUGUGUGAUUACUGGACCCUUCUUUAUGUACACAAUCAAAUGACUCCAGUGUCUUUACAAAGAUAAUAAUGCUCAGUUUUUGCACAACACAGUUCCUACAUGUCAACCCUCGUGUUCUCCUCGGGGAAACUCCUGUAGUUUGACCUUCUUUCACAAUGUAAUUUAAUGACUUUAAUGUCCCCAAAAAGACCAGAGUUUUCCUUAUAUACCUCAUUUUUCCUAAUUUUCUGGAAAAUGUGCUUUAUUUUCAAAUAAAUGUUGACAUAAUGCAUAUUGAGAAAUUAAUACCUGUCUGACAUUAUUAUCUUUGGAAAGCAGAGGCCAGUGAGUGUAUUUUUAAAAAUAAUUUUUCUUUAAUUCUGCUGCAAUUUAAAUUAAAUGGUUUAUCCGAACAGCAAACUGAAAUUUAUACUUUAAACGUUAUAUUGACUUCUUCCUCAAUCUUGCUUAUUAAGUCCCUACUGUGUGAUUUUUUUUUUUUUUUUUUUUUUUUUUUUUUUUUUUUUUUUGACACUAGAAGUCUCCAAGUGCCACUUUUGGGCAACGUUGACCGCUUGCAUGACGCAAAAUAUAUGCAAAUGGCUAAUCUCACCAGUGAAUAUGAGCCCCGCGUUAUUGCGUCUCGAUUCAAAACCUUUUGCAAAUGUAGGAACACUUAAAUAAAGAAAUAAAUGUUAAAUUAAUGAAAUGUUUUCUGGUCGAAUGGAGACACGUGUAGAACUAUAAAAGCAUGGUUUACAAAUGGUUUAGCUUCCACCGAGUGGCUGCACACCUUCUCACGUUCGACCUGUUGUGUGAUGCUUUUACUGUGAAAAAAAUUGAACUACGAGCUGAUUUGAGGUGGCUUCCAUUCAAGUUCCCCUUUGUGUGUCAAAGGCAAAGACCGGGCAUGUCCUGGUUGAUACAUACACUACUCUAAGUUAGGGAUAUGCAGCAGAAUGAUGAAGCGAAAAUGCACUACAACCCUUAUGGGUGAACUUAAUUUGACCUUCUUUAAACUUUUGAAUUUCAGCUCCUUGUCGGACAACAGAAAGUUGCGCAAAAACUGCAGAAACAUCGACGAGCUGGACAUGCGCAUUCAAAAGUUCAAGGAAGGUUAGAAUUUAAGUUCAUCCUGAAAUUUGAGCCGAUAUCCCUAACUCCUUGUGAGGAGUGGAAAUGCAUAUCGUUCCUUAUGUUUACUGAUGUCACGUGACCUCGUGUGACAGGGCGCCUCGCCUCCGCCAAUGUGAAGGUGUGUGUUGGUGUGUGCAUGACGUGUGUCACGUGUAAAAGACAAUAA